AUGGGGAAGAAGAUGAAGCCCCCUUUUCUCUCCAACUCCAAGAACAACAGCGUACAAGCAAAAUCCUCAUGGCUAUGGCCUUCCUGUCACCAGCCCAGAACUCGCUCUUUCAGAACCGAUGACAGCCUGAUCAAGACCAUCAACUCAACUUACUUAGACGCCAUCAUCGAAGCUGAAACACCCGAUCCUUGGUUCUCCAACUCUUCGGAAUCAGCCAGCUUCUCAACAGCAUCUGACGAGUCUGGGGGUGAUCCUGUAGAGACUGUCAUUCGAGGUUUAAGGUCAGAAAGGCUGUUUUUCGAGCCUGGAGAGACUAGUUCAAUCCUGAAAGAGGCAAAGCCGAGUGAUGGAUUACCUUUUAAAGAUAGUGUAAUCUUGUCAAUGGAGUCAGAAGAUCCGCAUGUUGAUUUCAGGAAGUCCAUGGAAGAAAUGGUGGAAGCUCACCGGUUAAAAGAUUGGGAAGGUCUUGAAGAACUUUUGUUUUGGUAUUUGAUAGCAAAUGGAAAAGGCAAUCAUGGGUACAUCGUUGGUGCGUUUGUUGAUUUGCUUGUAGGACUCGCCAUUUCCUCAACCUGUACUCUUCCUUCUUGUUCUAAUUGCACUCAUUCUCCUUCUUCUCCUUUAUCAUUUUACGCUUCUUCAUCUUCUUCCUCAGCGGAUUCUUCAACAACUACUCCUUGCUUAUCCUCAUUAGGAGCUGAUGAAGUGAUUGAUAAUAGCCAUUGUUUAUCUUCUUUAUCACAAGCAUAUCAGAAGGAGAUCAUUGAAGAUAAUAAAGAUGAUCCUUCUUCAGCUUUAUUAGAUGUUUGAUUUUUUUU